UUGCCGCUCGCUGCUGAACCCUCCUUGGCUAGCCCCAACCCCGACGAACCGGCGGCGGCGCCGGGAGCCCGGGGCCAUACGGGAUCCGCGGAGACGCAUCCAGCGGGCUGUUGUGGUACAUGGCUGACUCCUCCUCCUCUUACUUCCGUUUCGCCGCUGCGGCGUCGCCCGCUUCUCCGAGCAGGUCUUGGUGCCCAGGGCAUCAGGGACAGAGUAUGUAUGUCCUCACCCGUCUCCAUCCCACUGUCAAAAUCCUCUCUCAAACUCAGACCACCUAUUUAUUCUCGUUCGCGCAGCAAUUUUCUUUGCUUUGGGGGCGGAAUUUGGGAUGUAUUGGGAUGCUAGCACCCGUCUCAUCUGUGUGACACUGCAUACUUUACUGUAAUCUGGUUGAGGAUAAGAGGUUCUAUGUAGCCUGAGCUACAAAGGAACUUUACCUUACUGUAAUGUGGAGAACUGAAAGGGAUAAAUAGGCCAAUUCGAUGGUCCGGUUAAGAGCUUGAUUGGGGAAUGGGGAUUCAGUUUCACGACUUAGAGUAUCUUUUCACACAUAUCCAAAUUUGCAAAUGUGGGGCCAUUUUUAAGCUUACAAUGCUACCAUUCAAUCGCUAUCCAAGUUUUGUUCACAAGUGUGCUCUAGUUACUCUGUAGCCCCAAGGUGAACCUCCUUGACUGCCUGGGUUAACUGUGAUGAAUACAACAUAUAGUCGUUUGUAAGCUGUGUCUCACAUUUCUUUACGGGAUCUUUAGUGGCAAUUAUGAUAUGUGCAGAUUCUGCUGUACAUCUCUCAGAUCGUAAAUGUAGGCUGUCGUUGUGCGGUCCUCCCUUGGCAGACCUCGUUGGGGACUGAGUUGUCUCAUUCCUGUAAGAGACUGGCUGUCAUGGCUGGUUGAUGAAAAUGAUGUUACCGGGAAAACAAAGAUGAAAAUGAUGUUGUUUAGGUAUCCAAUUUCCACUUGUGCUUUGCUCUUGCUUGGCUCCAGUACAUGGCGCUACUAGCUCAGGUAAGUCAUCAGGUUCUACUUGCGGCGAGGGGAAGGAGCAGAGAGGAGGGCGCGGGCGCUGGCGGCACUAGGGUUCACACGGCCUCUCGCGGGAGAGGCGCGGAUGAACGGGUUGUGCCAUAAUGACAACAAUCUCAAAUUCUCUGUUACCUCAUCAUCUACAAUUUUCUCCGAGUGCCAUCGCUACUCUCAAUUUGGUCCCAGAUCUGACUGGAGACUAUUUGGGAUCAAUCUGUUACUCGAGGUAAGCUAUACUACAUAGAUUUUGGUUGAACAUUAACUAGCUAAAUGAUUUGUCAUUGGGGAGAUUAUUAAAAAAACGCAUUGGUGAGGAGAGGAUUUGUCUGCACAGGAAAGAGAACAUGAUGUCCUAAUCUAUUCAUUAGGUACCAUCUAUCUAGAUGAGGAUGGGUGGGCAUGUUAGGUACAACAAUACAAUAAGAUACUCCCAUUAGGACUAUCCUAUGUGCUACUUGGCUUAAGCUAUUCAUCAUUGGCGGUUGGCGAUGACCAAUGCUACCAGUAAAUCACACAGCAAUGACAAUAAGCAGGUUGGCAGUCUCUUUCACAAAUACUCUGCACGCCAUCCAACUCAGCACCUUUGUCGCAUACUGUUUUAGGCUGCAUUUUUCUACAUAAACAGAGGAAGGGGGGAGGGGGGGGGGGGGGGGGGCGACUUCAGCACACCUAGUGUUAUCUGGGUAUCCUACCACUGCUUUACUUGCUCUCUUGCUCAUAUCCCAUUGGCCUGCCAUUGACUCCGAGGAAGUUCCACCUUGGUUGCUUGUGUUUGUUCCUUUGGUCUUGGUCCACUGAUCACUGAUUCAACCAGGAUUCAAGUGAUCCGGUGGGACAGGAAAUAGUUUAUGCUAACACGCUCUACUCUUACAACACUCACAUCAGUGCCUUAUCAGUUUUAUUACCGGCCCAUAUUCAGUUGUUCCCAGUCUUGCGAGAUCUUAAAAGUGGCGAUGAGCUGAUCAUCAUAGCAGACUUUGUCUUCAAGAAGAUGAAUAUGGAUUCUUAUUAUUGACUAAAGACUAGUUUGUAAGAGGAGAAAAGGCCACUGUUUAAGUAUACAUAGUAGAAGCUUUGCGCGCUUAUACGUUUACAUGGUGAUGGUGUCAUCAUGUGCACUGCAAAUGCUUUACGAAUCCACUGUACUUUGUUGGUAUUUCUCACGGCCUUCACUUUUUGCCAUUCUGCAAAACAAGUCACGUUGGUGUUUUCUGGUGGAUCUCUAGCACUGAAUUCAAUCUGUCUGAUCAAUGGCAACCAUACUAGAAUCUUUGCUUGGAUCAUGUGCCAAUAAGUUGAAAGAUAUCAUUACAAAUGAGGCCAUAUUAAUCCUAGGGGUGGAAGAAGAGCUCGCAGAACUGCUGCGACGAGUAGAGUUAAUACGAUGUUGUAUAUAUGAUGCUGAGAAAAGGAGGACAAAAGAGUUAGCAGUAAACAAUUGGCUUGGUCAACUGAGAGAUGUCAUAUAUGAUGUUGAUGAAAUGUUAGAUAUGGCCAGAUGUAAAGGUAGCAAGCUACUGCCUGACCAUCCUUCAUCAUCAUCAAGCAAAUUAGCUGCAUGUAAAUGCCUUUCAAUUUCCUCUUGCUUUUGUUACAUCGGGUCACGUCGUGAUGUUGCUGUUCAGAUUAGAAUUCUGAAUAAGAAGAUAGAGAACAUUUCAAAGGACAAGAUUUUUUUAACACUCAACAGUAGUACACAACCUACUGGACAGGGUUCAACAUCCAAACUGAUAAGAAGUUCCAACCUUGUUGAGCCCAACCUUGUGGGGAAGGAGAUCAUACAUUCUAGCAGGAAACUGGUUGACUUAAUUCUUGCACACAAGGAAAGUAAGUCUUACAAGCUUGCUAUUGUUGGAACAGGAGGAGUUGGUAAGACAACACUAGCUCAGAAAAUAUACAAUGACCAAAAAGUAAAAAGAAGCUUCAGGCAACAGGCAUGGGUUUGUGUUUCGCAAGACUAUAGUGAAGUAACACUUCUGAAAGAGGUUCUCCGAAAUAUUGGUGUGCAUCAUGAGCAAGGGGAAACCAUAGCAGAACUACAGAGAAAGGUUGCAGAAACAAUCAACGGAAAGAGUUUCCUUCUUGUCCUAGAUGACGUCUGGCAUCCCAAUGUAUGGAUGGAUUUAUUAAGACCUGCAUUGCAUGAAACGACCGCCGGAGUAUUAUUGCUAACCACACGAGAUGAUCAAAUUGCAAAGAGAAUAGGUGUAGAACAUACCCAUCAAGUUGAUCUCAUGUCAGUAGAGGUGGGAUGGGAGCUACUUUGGAAGAACAUGAACAUCGACAAAGAGAAAGAAGUGCAGAAUUUAAGAAACACUGGGAUUGAGAUUGUUCGCAAAUGUGGCCGCCUCCCUCUUGCUAUCAAGGUUAUUGCUAGUGCUUUGGCUGGCAGGGAUGUAACGGAGAAUGAGUGGAAAAAGUUUCUGGAAAAGUAUGCUAGCUCACAAAGCAUGUUCUCUGAUGAAACUGAAGGAGUUUUGUAUUUAAGCUACGAUGAAUUACCACAUCGUCUUAAGCAGUGUUUCCUUUAUUGUGCUUUGUAUAUUGAAGGUACUAUCAUUCUUCGUAGGGAAAUUACCAUGUUAUGGAUUGCUGAAGGUUUCGUCGAGGAGAAACAAGGCCAACUAUUAGAAGACACAGCAGAAGAGUACUACUAUGAGCUAAUCCAUCGGAAUCUCCUCCAUCCAGAUAGUGUAAUUUUUGACCAGGCCGAAUGCAGAAUGCAUGACCUUUUGAGACAACUUGCUUGCUAUAUAUCAAGAGAAGAAUGUUUUAUUGGGGAUGUUGAAACAUUAAGUGGUCAAAAUAUGUCAAAACUGCGACGUGUUAAUGCUAUCAGCAAGAAGGGUAAAGUAGUGUUACCUAGAAUGGAUAAGAUGGAAAUUAAGGUGAGGACUUUCCUAGUUGUUAAUGGUCCACGGAGAAUCGAUGAUACACUAUUCAAGAAAUUUCUGCUUCUUCGUGUUCUGGUACUGAAUUACUCACUUGUGCAAAGCAUUCCAGAUUAUAUAGGAAAACUGAUACAUCUACGCCUACUUAAUCUAGAUUAUACUAGCAUAUCUUGUCUUCCGGAAUCCAUUGGCUCCUUAAAGAACCUUCAAGUUCUGAGCUUGAGAUGGUGCGAGAAUCUGCAUAGUCUUCCUUGGGCGACGACCCAGUUGUGCAGUUUAAGACGUCUUGUUCUCGUCUGCACAAAAAUAAAUCAGGUUCCAAAAGGAAUAGGAAAAUUGAAGUUCCUGACUGAUUUACGAGCAUUUCCUGUUGGUGACGGAAGUGAUAAUGUUGAUAUGCAAGAUGGAUGGCAGUUGGAAGAGUUAUCUUCUGUGUCGCAGAUGAGGUUUCUUGGUCUUGUUAGAUUGGAAAGGGUGACUCAUUGUAGUACAAAUACAGUGUUGACGGACAAAAAGCAUCUAAAAGAACUAAGACUAUUCUGGACUGAACGUGGAGAGGAACCAUAUACCGAAGAAGAUGUUAGCAAUGCUCAGAAUGUCCUUGAGCAGCUAAUACCUCCACGCAACCUGGAAAACCUAACUAUUUCACGGUUUUUUGGUCGGCGUUAUCCCACAUGGCUUGGUACCAGCUGUUUGUCUUCAGUGAUACACUUGCUCCUCACCGAUUUACGAUCAUGUGUGGAACUUCCACCAAUUGGGCAGCUACCAAACUUGAAAUAUCUGAAAAUUGAUGGAGCAUAUGCAGUUACCAAGGUUGGACCUGAAUUUGUUGGUUGCAGGAACAGUGAUCCCGUAUGGAAUGAGUUAGUUGCUUUCCCUAAACUUGAAUGGUUAAUAAUCAUGGAUAUGCCAAACUGGGAGGAGUGGUCUUUUUUUGAAGAAGAAACUGCUGAGGAUGAAGGGGGGGAGGAUGGAGCUGCUGAAAUUCGAAAAGAUGAUGUCCGAUCUGCAGGAUAUCAACUGUUCCCUCGUUUGAUGGUGUUGGAUCUCUUCAAUUGCCAUAAAUUGAGGGCUCUUCCGCGACGGCUUGGAGAGGAUACCGCCAGCUUGAAGGAGCUCAGAUUAAUUGGAACAAACAACUUGAAGGCCCUGGAGGACUUCCCACUGCUGUCUGAGCUCCUUAUUAUUCAGAAAUGUGAAAGCUUGGAGAGGAUCUCCAACCUCCCUCAAGUGACAGAGCUGCGUGUACAUGGCUGUCCGAACUUGAGCCAUGUGGAGGGUGUGGGAAGCUUGCAGCAGCUGGGGCUGGGCGAGGAUAUGCAAGAGAUAUCUUCCUGCUGGGUGUCUGGUCUUCAAGAGCAGCACCAACGACUUCAUGGCGAUGACCUGGAUAUCUACACAUUGUCUACCAGUUAGAUGGCAAUGAAAACACAAGGCUGGACUGAAGGUGCAGUUCACUUGAGCGGGCAAAGCAUGAUGAGGCAUACUAAGUUGAGGAGGCCUGUCAAUGUUGAAGGUGCACAGGUAGCAUGAUGCGUACCAAGCUGGUGAAUGAAGUAUUCUGUUUUCCUUUGGGAAUACUGUAUCGCAUUUCAUUUUGUUUAUAUCUGAGUUCGGGCCAGACGCCUUUGCUGUACUAAACCUCCCAUGUGGUAUGCUUUCAGUUUCCGACGAGUUUCGUUUUAUUUUUUUCCUGAACUUGGGGCCAGAGGCCUUUGCUGUACUGAACCUGUGUGACACAGUUUGGUUCUUUGGAUGUAACCGACAAACUUUAUUUUCA